AUGGUCUCAGAAGAGGCAGAAGCAACAGCAGUUCCAGCAGCACCGCAACCAGCGCCACAGGCACUCGAAGAUGGUGGGGGAGGGGCCCCCAAGACCACUGACCAGCAGCACCGCAACCAGCGCCACAGGCACUCGAAGAUGGUGGGGGAGGGGCCCCCAAGACCACUGACUGAUGAGGGAGGCCGCCAACGAAGGAAACACCAGCAGAUGAAGGUGAAAAGAAAAGGGGGGGCCCCUGAGAUGCAGCUAGCGAGACAUGGGCCCUUAAAGGGGGGGCGCCACGAGACGGGCUCCCAAGAGAAGGGGCCCCUGGAGAGGGGCUUCCAAAGGAAGUUGCCCGACGAGGGGAGUCCCCAGGUGAAGGGCCCCCAAGAGAAGGGGACCCAGGGGACGGGGCAAAAGGAAAAGGGGCCCCAGGAGAGGGGGCCUCAGGUAAGUUGGGCUCAGGGGAAGAUGCUCGAGAGGGGAUUACAGCUAAUACAGGGGUGGGGAUUUCGUGAGAAGGGGACUGUCGGAGACCCGCUGCGGGAGGUGCUGUCGUUGAAGGAAGAGGGGCCCCCUGGGGCUGCUGGCUGCGUUGGGGGUCUGUGGUGUCGUUUGGCUGCGCUCCCAUCUCCCUCGGUCUCUGGUGCUAGUUGA